CAUUUGAGAAUGGAAUUUAACAAAGAUAAGCAGGAGAAUAUUCUUGACUCGUUGGAUGCAAUGCCCAAUGGCGAAUUGAAGCAGUUGCUUCUCUGGCACAAUUGGCCCAAGACGGCGAUAUUCUUCUUCGUGAUAUUGAUGAUCCUUUUGGAUAUUGCCUCCAAUUCGAUCAUCAGUGUGGUAAGUGUCGCUGGAGUGCUGAUAUUAUCGAUAAGCAUUUGUUAUUGCUGUUAUGUGUGGGGCAUGCGAAAGUUGCGAAAGAGCAACAUUAUGGAUCAUCCCUAUCAAAGCUAUCUGGAGACUGAUCUGAGCAUUUCCGAAGAAACAGCAGCUCGUUUGGCGCGUCUAAUUGUGGUUAAGCUUAAUCCAAUCAUAUUACAACUGCGCUCAUUGUUCCUUAUUGAGGAUCUGCUAGAUUCGCUGAAACUGCUGGUGAUGCUUUGUGGCCUCAAUGUUGUUGGGGACUACAUCAAUGGAAUGACAUUGUUGGUGCUGGGCUUUAUUUUGAUUUUCACGCUGCCAAAGCUUUAUGAGUGGAAGAAGCCCAUGAUAGACAUGCAACUUCAGCACUUGCAACGCUUUAAGACUCGCUUAUUUGGCAGCAAAAAGAAGACCCAUUCCUCAGCUCCUACUGCCACCGUUGAUCCACAGGUUAUUUCCUCAAAACUCAGACAGAAGACCAAUGACAUUGAUAGUGUGCCCCAACCCAACAUUGGUCAGUUUAUUUCCACUGAACAGGAAUAUGUCUGGCAGCAACAGGACAUGCCCCAUGAGGACUAUAUGCACUACAAGGAUCAGUAAGCUGUCAAUUAGAUGUUUUGAACAUUUCACGUUAUUUGGCAGAUCGAUCAAUAAAAAAAAAUUAAAUAAA